CUGAGCGCAUUCGGCGGCUCCGAGCGUUUGUUCGUGGCUGGUUUCACCGACUGAUUGUGUAGCAGAUUCUCGACGGAACCUGACAUGCCUCGCGGUCGGCCCAGCUCUUCGCGGACGUCACCUCCAGUGACAGAACCCUCACCGCGGACGGUAAUCCGCGUCCCACUGCAUUCACGGCGGCAAACUGCUCCACUUGCCGGCCGCUCAAUUUUGGCCCGCCACGCCGGCGCUGUUGGCAGUGCCAUUCGCUUCAGUACCGUGAAAGCCGCGGUCCAUCGCUUCCUCAAGGACCCGGCCGGCCAGCCGCUGCCUAAACCUGUCCUGAACUGCCUAUCCACACGAUUCAAGGAAAUGCUGGGGGCUUACGCCAUGCGCGUCGCCAAAGAAGCACGUUUUUUACAGCAGCUGCGAGACCUGGAAGAACGUUUGGCCACGGCUGAUCGGUUUCUGAGGAGCCUCGAGGAGCGCCUCGCCGAAGCAAAGUCUCGUUGGUUCAGCCGAUGGCGUGCAGGUGAGGCUGUACGGCGUCCGGGUUGCUGACGCCGCGGAUACCUCGCACCACCGUUUCGUGGGAGCAAGCGCUCGCAAGCAUCUCCAGCGAUGUUCCAAAUAAAGGCUUUGC